AUGCUUGUUCCCCACCACGUCCUGCGCAAAGAGCUUAUCUUCUUCUGGGCUGAAGAAAUCAUUGCCGCCUUGGAAGAAGAUUCUGUUUUAAUCACCACCUAUGACCCAGUUUUAGCCACUUGGGGGCGAUUCAUUAACGAACUCAUCCCGGGAGUGACUAUUAAGAACACUUGCAGCCGCCAGGCCUGUACGCGGCAGUGCAAGGACUGUUCUGCCUUGACCGAGCACUUUAAAGUCGGCAGUGCUAAAGACCUUUGUCUGAACAUCAAGUCAACUAAACUGCUCUAUGUUAAGUGCAAGGAGAUGCGCUAUGUGCCUGUUAAGCACUUAACAAUCAACAAGGAGAUUAUUAAAUGGUUUAUGUCCGAUGCAGCUGUUAAUAUUGUGGAUGCAAAUGAAGAUAAGAUAAUUCUUCAUCCGACUCUUUAUGAGUUUAUUAAGUGCGUAGAUAAGCUUUACCAUAAUCCUAUCUUGAUUUGGCAAAUGGUUAAGUACUUGGAGUUUGAGAAGGCUAAUCGGGUGCCGGGGCAGUAUGCUAUGGAAGCGGUCCUGCAUGGGUUACGAGUGAGUUUCCUUUCAGAUCCCAUUAUGAUAGAGAGUUCCAGAUUGAAUCUCUAUCGGCAAAACAAUAAAGUAUAG